AUGGCGGGUGCUGAGCACAAUUCUGCAUCAGGAUGUUUGCUCCAAAAUGAGCAAUCUGGUAAACAGUCAAGAGCUCGUAUAUUGCAGCUCAAAAGGCAAUUGCAAACACUGAAAAAGGGCUCACUCUCCAUUUCUGAUUAUAUACAAAAGGAAAAGGCCAUAUCUGACAAGCUCUCAGCAAUUUUAGAGCCCAUAUCUAAUUUUGAUCUUAUACUUUACAUACUAUCUGGGUUAAGCAAUGAGUAUGAAUCACUGGUGAUGGCAAUUGCCAAUGGACCAGAUGUUAAAACCAUGAGUUUUAAUGAUCAUGUGGGUCUGUUACUAAAUCAUGAGGCAUGGAUUGAGCAACAUGCUCAACUUGUUGAUGGACCAGCUACUAAUGUUGCUCAUUCAAGCUCUAAAAACAAGCAUUCAUAUAAUAAUCAACCUAAUCAAUACAACUUCAGAGGUUGUAGUCGUGGUAGUGGAAAUUCUCAUGGUGAUCGUGGGUCCAGACAACCUAAGAUUGUUUGUCAGGUAUGCAAAUUUGAAGCCACCCAUCACUUCACCCCUAAUAUGAACAACAUGCAAAGCAAGGUUGAUUAUAUGGGUAAUGAGCAAGUCAAGAUUGGCAACGGUAAUUCUCUUCCUAUACAGCAUAUUGGAUCUACUCGUUUUCAGUUCAAUGGUCAUAAUAUGAAUAAUAUCUGUCAUGUCCCUCACAUUACCAAAAAUCUUUUAUCAGUGAGUAAAUUUAACAAUGAUGUUGUGUUUGAAUUUCACAAGGAUUACUUCUUGAUCAAGGACAAAUGGGUGAAGGUGUUGCUCCACAGCAGUAAUUGUGGGGGCCUCUAUCAGAUGCCAACUGUCGUUGCAGUAAGAGUAGGACUCAAUAAGCUGAACUAA